AUGGCGCGAUGGACUGGCGAGCUGCGCCACGUGCUAUCCGCUAUUGAUUCAGCUUUGCAGCGCCGGCAUGUCCAGCAGCUGUUGCCUCGCCGGCCACCUCCGCCGCCUGUGCCUGCUCCGCCGCUUGCGUUUCAUGCGGCUCAACAGUCUCCAGUGGGAAGUGCAGAUGCUUCGGCCCCCCCACCACCUUCACGGCUAGAUACACAAAUUCACCCAGGUAAGGAAAAUGUUUUUCGCAGCCAGGUCACUGCCAGCGAGGUUAGCCCUGUGCUGCCAACUGAAGCUGCCUUGCCCUCGCCAGAACAGCUUUUACGACUACUCACGGAGGAUGGGAUGCCGACCAGCCUCAACAGGCACUGGGAUUCCGUGCGACUGCUUCAGGAGCAAGAGGCCUUCAGUCUAGCUCAAGUUGCGUGGAUUUUCGAUGAGUACCGGAAAGCGCCGUUUGUCAAGCGAAUGGGUAGAAGCCGGGAGGAUGAGGGCGAGCUUCCACUUGGCAAUCGGAUCGUGCAGUUGUUUACCAACUUUGUUUGUGCCCGAAUUCCGGAGCUUACGGCCGAACAGACGACUUGCUUUGUGGCAGCGCUCACUUCACAGGCGUUGCCGAUGGAUGAGUUCUGGCUGUUCAUGAUGGCAAAGCAAAUACAGGACACAGCAGACAAAUACAGUCCGCAGCAGAUUGCAACCAUUUCGCGGUGCUAUGCGGACAAUGACCUCGAGGACGACGAGUUUUUUGGCGCGCUGUCUGCGAGAGUGACCAGGGGUCUGGAUCAGUUUCCACUCUCUCAGCUUGCAAAUUUCCUCUUUGCCUGUGCGAAGAUCCGUUUCCUGGAUGAGGAACUGUGUGAGAAGGCCUUCCCGCUCUUUGAGGAAACUGCGCGAGUGGCACAUUUGGACGGGCCCUCGCUGAGUGCGGCAAUAACAGCUGCUGCGUUGCUUGAUUGGAGAUGUUUUCAAGCUCUGCCAUGCUGCCGUAUUCUUGCGCAAAGUCCUCUGGAACUGCAAAGGUCAGUCCGAGGUGGUGAUUUGGGAAUGGGUCUUGCGCUCGCAGCAGUUUACAUGCAGAACACCGCAGGAGCAAGGUACCAGACGUAA